AUGAGUGAUAUAUUAGUGAUCACUUAAGAAUUAAUAAACGAUGUAGAUAGGUAAUUUUUAGAAUAAUGCAUUUAGAACAAUCAAUUACUUUACAGUAAGCGAUCUAAGAAGGAAGAAUAAAUUCAUAUAUCAAUAUUUGUCUGAUUUUUACUUAAAACAAAAAAUUCCAUUUGACAAAGUAAUAUAAUUCCUUAGAAAUAUCUAAGUAAUUCAAUUUAAAUUAUUGUUUAGUAAAAUGAAGCAUCUUUUACAAUUCUUUUAGAAAAUCUUUAUUUGUGUACAAUGGUUAUUUAAUAAUCGUCAGAUUCAAGAAAACUUUUAAUAUAGUUAAUGCAAAGUUUGGCGGAAAGAUUGACUUAAACUUAAAAAUAAAUAUUUUUUGACAACUUUGAUGAAGAAGUAUUAUGGGAAUGUGGAUUUGUUUAAUAAGAUACUUUUUCUUAAAGAAAGAGAAAAAUAAACACAGAUAAAAAUUUUUUUCAAAAUAAGUUUUGGUCAAUGAAAGAUGAAAAUGAAGGAUAUAGCAAAUUGAUGGUUGAAAUAUUAGAUGCAGCAAAACACACUGAUAUAUAUGAUGAAGAAAUUAAAUAAAGAAUAGAAAACAUAAUACAUUUGAUUGGAUAUUUUGAUUUAGAUCCAGAUAGAGUUGUUGAUAUCAUAAUUCAAAGUUGGACAGAAUAUCCAUGUAGUUUGUCUUAUGUUAAAAUACUAAAAUAAUUUAAAUGCAUCUCUGUUUGCUAAUUCUUAGGUAAAAGAUUCGAAUCAAUUGUUUAAACCCUGUCAAACAACAAUAAUAUAAGUAUUUUAAUGACUAAAAUGGCUAAUUCAGCUUAAGUUAUGUAAACUGAUUAGAAAAUUCCUGAUCAUAAAUUAAUCAUUAUUACAGCAACAGCCUUAAAAUACAAAUUAUUUGAACUUGGAAAUAUUUGGAAAUAUUUAUAACCUAAUGAUCAAGAUUUUUCUAAAAUCUUUGAAGAUCUAGCAGAAGACAGUUAUAAAUUUUAUAAAUCAUUUGAUUAAGUAAUGCAAGUAGAAGAAUUAAGAGAUUCAAGAAAUAAUAAUGAUUAAUCGGAAAAAUUAAAAAAAGAUUUAUUUGGAUAAUAAUUAUGUAUUAUUCAUUAAUUUAUUAAUUAGAUAAUCAAAAAUUAUGGUUGAUGUAAGGAUUAAUCCAUAUUAAUGCUUUCAAUAUAUUUUAAGAAUUAUACAAAUCUUUUGAAGGAAUAGUUGAUUUUACAAUAUUCUUACCUAUCAAAAGAACCAUAGCUGAUUUAAUUGAUUGGAUGAUUGAUCCAUUACAUGAAUAAUAAUUCAAUAAAACUCUAUUUAAAAGUAGAUCUAGAGAGUAAAAGAAAGUAAUUAUUUUCAAUAUUCAAUCUAGUUUAUAUAUGAUCCAAAUUGUACUACAGCAUUUUAAAUAAAAUAAUUAGAAGUUAUAGAUGAAGAUGCAAUAUCUAUAUUAAAUGAGAUAUUAUCAAUAUUUUCACCAUAUAUUGGUGAGUAUCCUUUAGUAUUUCACAAAUUGUGUAAAGUAUUGAUAUAAUCAUAAAAUCCUGAUGUUUAACCAUUGAUUCUAGAUCAUUUAGUACCAGCUUUAUAGAGUGGAGAAUGUUUGCCUAUUGUAAUAGAAUUAUGGAAAUAUUUGGGAUAAUUAGAUUUUCGCAAGAGAUUUGAUUGCUAUUCAAAAUGGAAAGAUCUUCAUUAAUUUUCUACAAUUAAUUAGACAAUCAGAGCAGCUCAACUUACUAAAGAACAUAUUAGAAGUUUCUUUAAUAAAAUUGAUAAAGAUAAUAAAGAUAAAAUGAUGGUGAAAUUUGCAAAACUUUCUCAUAAUCAACCUAUGAUUGUAAUGAAUGUUUUAAGGAGAAAUAGAUUAGAAAUUCCAGAUAAUAAUUCAGUAAUUGUUCAUACCUUAGGAUUGGCAACUCCAUUAUCUUUAGAUAUUUUAUAAUUUAUAAUGAUUUAAUGGUUAUGUGAUUUUAAUGAUGAAUCAAAAGUUAGAGAUAAAGAUAUUGAAUGUAGAUAUUGGUUUAAAAAUAUUGCAUAAUUCAUAGCAAGUGUGCUAAGAAAAUAUUAUACUAUUGAUAUGUAAGGAUUGUUUGCAUAUUUGAUUGAUGUAUUUUCUACUGAUCAAAGUAAUCCUUCAAUAUCUAAAAAUGAAUCAAUAAUUAAACCAGAAAUUUUAAUAUUAAGAGAAUUGAUUGAGAAAAUGACAGGAAUAGUUCAUAUUGAGGAUCUUACACCUUAAUAAAUAUAAGCUUUGGCAGGAGGAAGGUAUAUUUAACUUGAAACUACUUCAUAAACAAAUGAAUUUAGAAGAUCUAGAAAAAGUUCUAGUGCUUUAGAAUAAUUCUUUUGGUCAUAAACCAUAAACUCUCAGAGAAUUUUGAAUCAGAAUAAUCAAGAAGAAGUUGUUUCAUUAGCAUUUUUAAUGCUAGUAGUUUUAUGUUAAUAGAGGUCUAGAUUCAUUUUAAAUUAUCAUAAUCAAAAUUUGAAACCGUUAGUUGCAUUAUAUGAUAAUUUUACUUGCAGUAUCAAUUAACUAACCAAAUGUUUAUUGUUUUAAACUGACAAACCAACACAUUAUGCUUAAUUAUUUCCAGAGAAUCCACUCGAAAGAAUGGUUAUAGACUUUAAAUUACCGUUUGAGAUUGCUUUUCAUAUUGUGAGAUACAGUUAUAAGAGCUUGUAUAAUAUGAGUGAAGAAGAAUUUUAAGAAGAAGUUGAUAAUAUCAAGAAUAUCUAUGAUAAAAUUGAUCCAAAAAUAAUGUGUAUCAAUCCAGAUAUUAACAAUCAAUAAGUUCCACAAUUACCAUUAAUAUGUCAUACUUAUGUUAAGGAUAUCUUAUGGACUAUUAUUAAUCCAGAAUUGUUUACAAUAUUUUGGCUUUUGAGUUUGGAUAAUAUUUAUGUGCCAUAAGCUAUUUAUGAUUAAUAACUCAAAUGGCUACAAGAGAAUAUCAAUAAAAAUCCUGAUACUAAGGACAGAUAAAGUAAACAGCAUUAAAAGGCAUUUGAUAAAUUGUAGAAUGAAUUAGACAACAAUAAAAAACGACAAGAAUAAUUUGAUAAGUGUUUGAGAGACAAGAAACAUGUUUUUAGUUUCAAAGAAGCUGAUCAAGCAAAAGAGAAUUAUCAUAUCAAAUUUGCUUAAUGUUUAUCAUAAGUUUGCUUGUUGCCAAGGAUUCUGAUAGAUCCCGCUGAAGCCAUUUAUUGUGCUAAAUUUGUACAAAAAAUGUUAAAAAUUGGUAAACCAAGAUACACUUACACAUUUUAUGUACCUAAGGAAAUCAUCUAUUUCACAUUUACAUAUUUAUAAUGUGCAACUGAAGAGGAAGCAUCAAAUUUGAGUAUAUUUAUGUAGUAACUGAUCAUACCGUAUGCUAAUUGGAAUGAUGAAACUAAGUUUAAGAACGACCUUAGAAACUACUUUGACACCUCAAUUGAAGGAUAUGAUAGAGAAAAACAGUAUAUAAUUUAAAACAUUUUUUUCAAGAUGGCCUAGUUUAUCAGAAUUUUGAAAAACAAUGAGACAUAAGUAUAUAUUAAUGGUUAUAUGUUAGGUUCGUAAUGCCUUGAUAUUUUUGAAAAGAGUUUAAGAUAUUUUUCCUCCAACUCAGCAAAUGGCUGAAUAUAUUAAAAUAUAUUUAUAAGAUGUGGAAAAGGAUUAUGGUCACAUACAGGACAUUAAAACUUAGAUAAAGAAUUUCCAUAUUGAAGAUAAAAUCAAUACUCUACCAGUUUAUGCUCCAAAGAAUACAAACGCAGCCCAUGAAUCAAAAAAGUAGGCGCCAAAUUAAGAAAAAAUGAAAUCAGUUGGAAAAGGAGCUGAUGGAGAGCAUGAAGAAUAUAAUCACAAGGAACAUUCAGAAGAGAGAAGAAAUCAAAAUAACAAAACAGAUGGUAGACAAGUUCCAAAAAAGAAGAAAAGCCAUGAUAAGGAUAGACCUUUAAAGAGAUUAGAUAAAUCAUGAA